AUGACCCCUUAUAACGUACAGCCCAAGGCCUCCGCUACCAAGUCCAAGAAGCCCGCUUCUGCCCCUUACGGCACCAAGGUCGCCAAGAAGACCGCCCAGAACCCCCUCUUCGAGGCUCGCCCCAAGACCUUCGGCAUUGGUGGUGACAUCGCCCCCAAGCAGGACCUCACCCGCUUCGUCAAGUGGCCCGAGUACGUCCGCUUCCAGCGCCAGAAGGUCAUCCUCCACCAGCGUCUCAAGGUCCCCCCCGCGAUCGCUCAGUUCUCGCACACCCUUGACAAGAACACCGCUACCCAGCUCUUCCAGCUCCUGAACAAGUACAAGCCCGAGUCGGUCCAGGAGAAGAAGGCCCGUCUCUUGGCCGAGGCCGAGGCUAAGACCAAGGACGCCACCACCAAGGACUCGAAGAAGCCCCUCUUCGUCAAGUACGGCCUUAACCACGUCGUCGCCCUUGUUGAGGCCAAGAAGGCGCAGCUCGUCGUCAUCGCCGCCGACGUUGAGCCCAUUGAGCUCGUUGUCUUCCUCCCCGCUCUCUGCCGCAAGAUGGGUGUCCCCUACGUCAUCGUCAAGGGCAAGGCCCGUCUCGGUCUCGUCGUCAACAAGAAGACCUCGACCGUCGCCGCCCUCACCGAGGUCCGCUCGGAGGACGCUCAGGCUCUCGCCACCCUCGUCGCCGCCGCCAAGGCCAACUACCUUGACAAGUCGGACGAGGCUCGUCGCCACUGGGGUGGUGGCAAGCGCGGCCCCAAGUCGACCGCCAAGCUCAUCAAGCGCGCCAAGGCUGCUGGCCAGGACAUCAAGAAGCUUGAUCUCAGCCUCUAA